UCUGUCACUAAUUAUGAGUUUAUGACAGUUGUCUUUAGUCUAUGACCAAAAAAUGACAGAUCAUCAAACCACGGGAUUGGGGAUGUGAUUUAUUUAUUUUUAUAAUUUUCUGUGUGAAAACGCUGGGUAUUUGUUCAAAUUUAACAGUGUCAGAGCGAUGGCCGAAACGAGUGAAGCGCGAGCAAGCGCAUCGGCGCCGGGCGGUGAUGCUGGCGGGGAAGAUGACAAACACGAUGAGCGUAUGUUGGAGUGCAACAUUUGCUUGGACACGGCUCGCGACGCCGUCGUCAGCAUGUGUGGCCACCUGUUCUGUUGGCCAUGUUUGCACCAGUGGCUAGAGACGCGCCCCAGUCGGCAGGUGUGCCCAGUGUGCAAAGCAGCCAUAAGCAGAGACAAAGUUAUCCCGCUGUAUGGCAGGGGCAACACUAAACAGGAGGAUCCUAGGAAUAAGGUACCACCGAGGCCGGCGGGACAGCGUACAGAACCCGAGAAUACUAGCGGCUUCCCUGGUUUCGGGUUUGGCGAGGGCUUCCACAUGUCUUUCGGCAUAGGCGCCUUUCCAUUUGGAGUGUUUACAUCCACAUUCAACUUCGGAGAUCCAAGACCCAGUGCUGCGCCCCGCGGCACUGCCCAGUACGACGAGGAGCAGUUCUUAUCGAAGAUAUUCCUGUGGGUGGCCAUCUUGUUUGUGUUGUGGCUAAUCUUCGCAUGACCGCCGGAAAUGAGUCCGCCGCCCAUGGGCCGCGUCCUGCAUCCUCACUGACUUGCCUCUGACAUCAGUGUGCGCUUCGGUAUGUUUACACUUUGGUCGCGAACUUAACCAAAUUCUCCCCAUUUCCUUUAAUAGUUUUAAAAUAAAUUGCUAGUGGACUUUUUUCCUCCUGGAAAGGUGCAAGUGUAUAAAAAUUAAAGUGUUGUGAAAGGGUUUGGGAUAUAAGUAUGUAUGACGCGUACGCGGUAACUUGAGACUUUAGUGAUGCAAUGUGAUAUCAAUUUUAUUAAUGUCAACCAAAACACAUCACUGGGGAACACUGACCUUUCUCAAUGACAUUAUUUAUUCCUUUUAUGAUAAUGAGCAUGGUGUAAUUCGAAUAAGGCUGCAUUCAAGCAGGUGCCAAGUUACCGCGCACAAGCCGUAGUAUGUUACAGUGGAGAUAUACUCUGUACUGCUAACAACGUGCCACGUGUUUAUUUGUUCAGUGUAGUAAGUUCGUAAAAUACUGUAGCUAAAUUUGACACCUAAAAUCAGAAAAAAUGGUGUUACAUAAAUAUAGGUUCUGUGGGAUACAUGCAAGUCUUUUAAUAUUGACGAUUUCUCAAUCUGUCUUAUCAACUAAACUUUCAAAUUACUAAUAGAUAUUCUUACAUUAUUGGCAAGCAAUAUACUGUCCGCUACUGUACUAGAUAGUGUCUCAACUAUAUUUCUUUUUCUUAAAUGAUAACUAUAGUUUAGCUGGUGCUGAAGAUAACCCUGUACUCCAUUUGUAUAGUACAUUAAACCUUAAACAGCACUAUGUCAUAGUUCCAGAUGAGGAAAUAUAUUGGGACUAGGUAUUAUUGUUGGGUUGCUUAAAUUAUCAAAUUUUGAAAGGUUCCUACAUAGUUUUAAAUGCUGGUAUUUAACAAAAUCUACAUUAAUGUGACGUAUUUUUUUUUACUUUAAACCUUAACUAUAAAGAGGGUAGUGAUUAUGAGACAUGAAGAUAGUAAAGUUAGCCAAAUGUUCACAAGUCAUAGUCACAUAUCAGAACAAACAAAAUUCAAAUAAUGGAAAUACUCAAUGUUUAAAAAUAAAUAAACUUCAGUUUUAAAAACAUUUAUGUAAUAAUAACUCUAGUUUUACUAGAUUUUGGAACUCGACAUUCCCACGUCGUAGUUGUAAUGGCCAUAGGUACAAGGGAAUAAGAUAUUCCACCACUAUUUUACAUUACAUUAGAUAUAUUUGCUAAACCAAAUACAGUGAGUCCCGCGUAUCAUGAAAAACUGAAGUGAACAAGUGUAAACAUAUCGCGUCCACACUAUACCUGCUACACUGGCCGCUAAGCGCCCGUCGGUCGCCACGACUGGUAGUCCCUUCGUCAGUCCACUACUGGUGAGCGCUACUGGUCGGUAGUUUUACUACCGAGCUAUCUGCAGCUGCUUUGAUACUCUUACUGCACCAAGUAUGACUAUAGAUUAACUUGAAUUUAUUCAAUAACGAUAUUUUAUAUCGUAAGUUUCUACAAUUAUCAAUUGUAUCAAGUUAAUCACAAAAUUAUUGUUGGCUAACCACACAGUAGGUAGUAACAGGCCACAACCUAUCAUUUCCUUCGAAAAAUACACUGGCUAAAGUUGGUAGUACUCAUUUAAUUUAUUUAAAAUCGAGUCGUUCUAGCGACUUCAUGUGCACUUAUAUCAAUAAUAUUACUUAAAUUAUGUCGAUGUUACCACUCGACGUUUCAAUCACAUUUAUUGAAGUUAUUAUAAUGUAUUAUAGAUGGAGAGAAAAUUGUGUUUAACGUUCAAUAAUAAGAUGUCCUAUUUUACUACAUGAUGAUACAAUAAAGAUACCUAUAAUGUUAGGCAAUGAUAUAGUAUCUAAAAUCGAGCAUUUUGCUUCGUCGAUGUCCAAGACAUGCGGUUGGCAGAUUGUCUAAUUUUUUAUAGUAAUAGUGAGUGCUAUGUAAGUUACUUUGUAUAUAAACCCAUGUUAAUGUUACAGGGGCCUUCAUCUUUACUCGUUUCGCUAUUAGGUUACGAAGGCUAGUCUCGCAAUAAUCUGUGCUGUAUGCUCGUGUACAAACUACGCAGAUGCUCUGGGGCUGCAUGCAACGAAGGGCCCGGGCCCAACGUCGACUUCGAUAAGGUCUGCGUUAACGGAAUUAUUAGCUUCGUUUGUAGUUCCUUCGUCAACUCAUUGUGAAAUAAUGUCACAACAAAGUUUUAAGGCCCUUUUCCAUUCGCUCCCUUUUCCGGAUAGCCGUCGGUAAAGUGUAUAGCUAUAUCGUUAGCUUUCGCACGCACCGAUACGUCGUAACGUACAUUCGCCGCCGGAUACCCGACAGCGGGAACGUGUGAUCAGGCACUAGGGAGCAGUAAAACAUGGUGUUGCACAAUUUGCCUCAGACACAACAUGCGCCCGUAACAUUUACCAUCUGUGUAUUUUGUACACUGCAUUUGUUAUAUUCGUACUAUAACUGUUGAAUGUACACAAAACGGUAGGUUUUGAAUGUCAUUUAAAGAAUUAAAUUUUAUUUUAAUACGGAGAUGUGACUACAUUUUGUAUGAUAGUUGAUUGCAUAGGCGUUGUGGAUACUCGGAAAGACGCAUAUUAUAUGAAUUGGUAGUUUUAUGUUAAUAUUCCUGUAAUGAUAAGUGUAUAUAUAAUUAUUAUAUCAAACUAAUUACGUUGUGAUGGGAGGGUUUGUUUUUAAUUGUAAAUUUUAAAAUAAAGAUACAUGAUGCUGAA